AGACACGUGUUGACUCUUGUUUCUUGCAUUAACUCUCUGAGUCUCAAAAGCACAAUUACACCCACUGGAGAGCUUCUGUUAUACAUUUUACUCCUGGUGGGUGUCUGGGUUUGAGUUUACGUUUUCUGGUCUAAAGGCGCCAUCUUGUGGAUGUGACUGAGAGCUCCUCCUCAUACAGGAUGUGACUUAAUGCAACGAAAGUGAAAGUAUGACAGAAAGUACUGAACAGAAAGGACGCACGCCAGUCAAAGUUACAAUGAGGGCUAAGAAAAUCUGUCUGUGACCCGGUGCCACACAGAUCAUUGAAGUUGGGUCUGUGUGCAGAACAAAUAGAAAUGGCUUGUUCAUCACAGUCUGCCUUAGACUAUGUCAGGCAAGCCAGAGUCCACCUUGUGAGAGAAUUAAAGCAUCUCUCUGUGAUUGUGGAGAACCUGUAUCAGCGUAAUGUUUUCAGUGAUGAAGAGGUUAUCAGAAUACAGGAAGAGAUUAAUGACUACGAUAAAACCAGAAAAAUACUGGACUUGGUCAUGAGAAAGGGGGAAGCAGCUUGUUACGAGUUUCUCAGGAUUAUUAACAUGACGAGGAAGAGGACCUUAGGGACGCCAUUCCUCUUCCCUUACAACAAGAGCGGAGCUUGGACUGAGACCAAGACGUUUGACCUGCACCACUGGAUCAGCUGCUAUUCCUUCAAGGAAGACACGCAAAUGGAUAUUAACUACUUACAAGGUUCACGGCCGUGCCACAGAUAUCAGGCAAAGCUGAAGUCAAAAGCAGGAAGAAUGUCAAAUGAGUUUUGGAAGGCAAACAAAUAUCUGUUCGAUGACAGCCACAAGCCUGAUCUGUCAUACACGCCACUGGUAUUAGACACAGAAGGAAGUGUUUCUACAUUUAAAAUAAAGAAAUCAAAGAGCAAGAAGAUGAGUCGCCCUCAAAAGCUAAGGAUGUACUUGCCUGAGGAGAAAUCAGAAAUUUCCCCCGGUGACCUGCUGAAAACAGAUAAAAACAUAGUCUUAGUUGGUAAGGCUGGAAUUGGAAAGACAGCACUCACUCAGGAAAUGUUGAAAGUCUGGGCAGAAAGCGAUAGCGAGGAGCUGGAUUACAUGUUUUACUUUGAUAUGAGAGAAACGACGUCCGACUUCAUGAGCAUGAGCUUAGAGGAUCUUCUUUUCAGUGUGUUCAGUGAACCAGACGAAGGCAAAGAAGAGGUUUUAGCUGAUAUGAAGAAGAACUCUGAAAGUGUUACAAUCAUUUUUGAUGGAAUCACAGAUCUGUCUUCAUCAGUGGUGCGGAGACUUGUAGAGAAAGACCUACUACCUGAUGCGAAAAUCAUCAUAACGUGCAGACCAGAUGACGAGGAGGACUUCUUCUCCUGGGACUCUCUCAGAGUGGAGGUGAAAGGCUUUAGUGAGCAGUCCAUAGAAACAUACUUGUCUGCAACACUCGGCGAACAAAAGAGUAAAGUUUGGAGCAACUUGGAGUUGUUAACACUUUGCUACGUCCCAAUGUAUGCAGUGAUGGUGGCUGCCUGCUUUUCAACAGAAGACCCACAGCCAUGCACUAUAACUGAAGUAUACAUCAGUAUUGUUCGUUUUUGCCUUCAAACGAAUAGCAACAAAACAAAAACCAGGCAUCUAGAGUCCUACAUCAACAGCAAGGGGAUGGAAAUACUGUCUCUGGCUGAGGUUGCUUUUCAAGCAACUGAAGGAAAAACUGCGAACUUGACCGAACUGCCCUGCAAAGACAGCUCUGUCCUUUCCUUCCUGAAACCACUUGUUAUCCAACGAAACUUUACUGAAAGAUAUGCCACACAUGCAUUUCUUCAUUACACAAUGCAGGAGUUUUUCGCUGCACUGUGGCUCUUGAAGAAUCCAGAUAAAGCGAAGGAUGUUCUUCAGCAGUGCCUGACGGAGGGGAUGAAACACAUGAGGCACCUGAUCCCUUUCAUGUGUGGAUUGUUGAGUGAGAAGAGCCCAAGUUUGAUGAAGUGUCUGAUUCCAGCGGAGGAGCUGAAGAAUACAUCUAACUGGUUCUUUAAAGAAAUGAUAACCACAUUUUCCCAUUGUCUGUGUGAGCAAGAUGAGGCUGAUACUGAGGACAGUGGGUCUGACGUGGACAUACUGUUCUUAUGCCGGUGCCUGUAUGAGUCCCAGUGUCCUGACGCAUGCAUCUACCUUCUGGACAAACUGGACUACUGUCUGGAUCUCGCUGGAGAGAGUCUUGAUCCUUACUCGUGCUAUGCCGUGGCCUACGUGGUCACUCAGUCAAAGGAGAAGAAAAUCCAGCUGAACCUUGAAGAUGUCAUGGUAUCAGAACAUGGAAUGAGAAGCCUGUUUGGAUGCCUUAAAAAUGUCCAAUGGUGUGAUCCUCUCCCACGGCAGCUGUGGAAGAUUUUCCUUCUCGGUGAGGGGCCGAUGGACCACAUCAGCUUACUUGCCCUUGAUGGAAAUCAGUUGCACCUUCCAGUUGAGGGUAAAAGACAGCUGUUUGAAAGAGCUGUUAAAGUCAUGCAGAAGAUUUCUACGAAAGUUAAUGUCUGUCUCUACUGGAACAGGCCGACUCCUGUCUGUCAAAGUCUAUGCGAGCUCCUCUUAGAGGCUUGGCCACACAUCAACUCACUCAGCUUUAGGAAGACCUAUAGAGGUCCAGGAUUACAAGACCAGGACCAGCACCAUGGUUCACUGGGGAGGGAAGAAAAGGGGCUGUUGCUGGACCUUUGCCUGAAAGCAGCACUUCACAAAGGAGAGAGUUUUCUCGGUGUAGUGAAUGCGCUCUUCUCAUUGUUUUCUGUUGAAAAUGACAACAGUAACAUCUAUCUUGAUUUUUAUCAACGUGUGGAGAGUGAGCGGUGUUCAAGUGUCAUUCCAAAACUGAGAGCACUUUUCCAGUCAGUUCCAGUCUGGUUCAUAGACCUCUCGGAGAGAAAGGCCUCCAUCCUCCUGGAGGUGCUGAAGCUCCAGUCAGAGAAGAAACAAGUGGUGUUGACAAGCUGGUCACAUGAAGACAGUGAAGUGAGGAGUUUCCUGCAGUGUCUGCCUUACAUCUCACAGCUCAGUUUCUCUCCCUGGUCAACAGCCUCAGAUCCAUCCAAGAUGUUUGCAAAUCUGUUCUGUGCAGCAGCAGAGAGAGAACAGCAGACAGGAGAGAAGAUCCUGGAACUGUUAUCCUCAGUGUGCAGACAUGAAACCUUCCCUUUUUAUGACACAAACAUGGAUAAUGAUCUUGUGAGGAAAGAUCAGUGUGAUUUUCAGCUGGAUCUUUUCUUCCAUGUGAAGGACUAUGAGACUAAAACAGGUCUGAGUGUCCUUCCAGCGUUACAGUCAGUUUUCCAGUCAGCUCCUGCAGUCUGGUUCAUAGACCUCUCAAAGAGAAAGUCCUCGAUCCUCCUGGAGGUGCUGAAGCUCCAUUCAGAGAAGAAACAAGUGGUGUUGACAGGCUGGUCACAUGAAGACAGUGAAGUGAGGAGUUUCCUGCAGUGUCUGCCUUACAUCUCACAGCUCAGUUUCUCUCCCUGGUUUACAGUCUCAGAUCCAUCCAAGAUGUUUGCAAAUCUGUUCUGUGCAGCAGCAGAGAGAGAACAGCAGACAGGAGAGAAGAUCCUGGAACUGUUAUCCUCAGUGUGCACAUAUAAAACCUUCCCUUUUUAUGACACAAACAUGGAUAAUGAUCUUGUGAGGAAAGAUCAGUGUGAUUUUCAGCUGGAUCUUUUCUUCCAUGUGAAGGACUAUGAGACUAAAACAGGUCUGAGUGUCCUUCCAGCGUUACAGUCAGUUUUCCAGUCAGCUCCUGCAGUCUGGUUCAUAGACCUCUCAAAGAGAAAGUCCUCGAUCCUCCUGGAGGUGCUGAAGCUCCAUUCAGAGAAGAAACAAGUGGUGUUGACAAGCUGGUCACAUGAAGACAGUGAAGUGAGGAGUUUCCUGCAGUGUCUGCCUUACAUCUCACAGCUCAGUUUCUCUCCCUGGUUUACAGUCUCAGAUCCAUCCAAGAUGUUUGCAAAUCUGUUCUGUGCAGCAGCAGAGAGAGAACAGCAGACAGGAGAGAAGAUCCUGGAACUGUUAUCCUCAGUGUGCACAUAUAAAACCUUCCCUUUUUAUGACACAAACAUGGAUAAUGAUCUUGUGAGGAAAGAUCAGUGUGAUUUUCAGCUGGAUCUUUUCUUCCAUGUGAAGGACUAUGAGACUAAAACAGGUCUGAGUGUCCUUCCAGCGUUACAGUCAGUUUUCCAGUCAGCUCCUGCAGUCUGGUUCAUAGACCUCUCAAAGAGAAAGUCCUCGAUCCUCCUGGAGGUGCUGAAGCUCCAUUCAGAGAAGAAACAAGUGGUGUUGACAAGCUGGUCACAUGAAGACAGUGAAGUGAGGAGUUUCCUGCAGUGUCUGCCUUACAUCUCACAGCUCAGUUUCUCUUCCUGGUUUACAGUCUCAGAUCCAUCCAAGAUGUUUGCAAAUCUGUUCUGUGCAGCAGCAGAGAGAGAACAGCAGACAGGAGAGAAGAUCCUGGAGCUGUUAUCAUCAGUGUGCAGAUACAAAACCUUCCCUUUUUAUCACACAAACAUGGAUAACGAUCUUAUAAGGAAAAAUCAUCUUGAAUUCCAGCUGGAACUUUUCUCCCACGUGAAGGACUAUGAGACUAAAACAGGUCUGAGUGUCCUUCCAGCAUUACAGUCAGUUUUCCAGUCAUUUCCCAGAGUCUGUGUAAAGUACGAGGCCUCCGACCCCCUGCAAGUGCUGAACCCCCAGCCAUUGAAGGAUGUGGGGUUGACAGGCUGGUCACCAGAAAUGUGUUCCAUGGAGAGUCACCACAAUAUCUCAGUACGCAGGGGCAAUAAAAUGGUGGUCAGAGCUUACAGAACAUCAAAUGACUCUGGUAUCGUAGAGGAGCCAAACACAGCAGACAUAAAUAUGGACGUAUCUGAGGACGACACAAAGCUGAUGACGCCUCCAUCAAGCUUCACGCCUAAACUGCAAACUGAAUCUACGGGAGUCUCAUACAGUUUCAGGUGUCCUGGUUCAGGUGGGUUCCAGUGUGCUUUAACUGGACUGGUGUUUGUUAUGGCGCGUGAGGCGGCGCUAUUCUACAGGACUGUCCAAUGGGAUGAGAGCCUCCUCCAAAGAGCUGGCAAGAUAGCUGCAGGGCCGCUGUUCGAUAUCAAGUGUCCUGAGGAAGCCGUCUGUCGGCUCCACCUUCCACAUUGUGAAACAAACCAUGCUCUGCUCUCUGAUGGCCUGCUGUCUGUAAUCCACAUCACUGAUGAUGGAAUGAGCGUCCUCAAACCACUGGAGAUCACAGACACUCAUGUGAUUGUCAAAGUCCCUCAUCUCUCUUCCUUUGGCCUAGCCUGGCCUUUUGAUAUUUUAUGGAGGUUGUGGAACGACAGGAAACUAAUCAGCAGCCAAGUUUUGUUGUUCCUCCGACCGCCCAACCCAAAAACACAGAGGAAAAACCUCAAUGUGUUUCUCCUGCCAAGAAACAUCCCCCUUGACGAGGUGAGCGUAAAACAGCGGAAUUCUGAUUACAUCGAGGCGCCAUCCAAAUGCAAACUCAUUAAAGAUCAGUGUUACUCUGUUCACUGUUCGCAGGCCUAUAAAAUACAACCCAACAAAGAGGAGUUUGACCUGGAUUUUGGACCAAAUUACCACCCAACAUUUGAGAUCCGCCUGCCUGCAGACACAGAAGAGGCGACUAUAACAGUCCGAGACCAAACAAAUGCAGUUGUCUGGGAGCGUGAAGUCGACCUGACUGGUGGUCCAAGAAGGGAAACUGUACAGAGGAGCGUCCCGGCAGAGGACUGCCUCGCAGGAGAGGACAGCCUCGCAGCAGAGGACAGCCUCCCAGCAGAGGACAAGCUGCUCUUAAUUCGGAGACAGUUUAUUUAUAGAGUGUCUGAAUCUGUUCUAAACCAGGUUCUAGAUAAACUUUUUGAGAGUGGCGUUGUAAAUGACGGCGAAAUGCAGUCACUCACACCUAAAAUCAAAACAGAAAAAGCCAGAGACAUGAUUGACAUCGUGCGAAGAAAGGGGACUCGAGCCAGCUCAAUUCUGAUUGCCGCUCUCUGUGAGGGGGACCAAUGUCUUUCCAAAGAGCUCAAAUUAAGUUGAAGCAGAAGUGUGAGAAGGAAUCUCUGUUUUACAGUCUCACAUUACUCACUGUAAUCUUUAACUGAGAUGUUUUGUCGGUAAAGUCUGUGUUUUUAAUAAGUGGACUUUGACUCUUAAAGUGAACCACUCAAGUUUGGAAAAAAAAAUCCCUCCAUACUUAUUAUAUAGUGCACUACUGUCCACCAUUUUAUCUCUUUAAAUAUGUGUGUACAUAUACUCACUAUGUAGAGCCCUCAAAAAACAAUACAAUGAUGUGAUCAUUUCCAAUGUGCGACUCAACAGCUGAUGGUGAUGAUCAUCUGUAAUUUUCUGAAAUCUGAAUUUAUUCUUCACCACAGAGUAAACAAGUGAACAAAAGAGUGAUUUCAGACAGUUUUGACGACACUGGAUGGAUGUCGAGCAGGAAAACAGUGACAUGGUGUCCUUUAACAUGAGGUAAAACAGACAGAUGCAGAUCUAUGGGCUCAAAUUAGGGUCAAAAAGAUUUUGUGCCAGUGAUGUUAUAUAUACAAAUUAUAUACAAAUAAUAAAAGUUUGUUGUUGUAAAUAGGCAUGAGAGAUUAAUUUUGUACUUUUGUAGAAAAUUUUUAUAUUUGUGGAAAACAACAACCUUUUAAUAAAAUAACUGAAAAACUGA